UUUUUCUCCAUAUGCUCCUAGUUCCACUCACUCCUCUCCCGCUCUCGCUGCGGGUCUGCCAGCGUACGAGACACAAACUGUAGACUGAAUGCUGUCGGCUACUCUCCGACAUCCCUUGGACGCGAAACCGGGUUGGGAUGUCUCCUCUUUUCCUUCGUUUCGUUCGUUUUUUUGUGCGUGUUUGUUCUCGUCCGGCGUCCUCUCGUGCUUUUGCCUCUCUGUGUCGCCUGUCUCGAUGCAUAUUUCUUUGCACUCGCAGUUUUAGCUCUAUAGCCCGUCGAUUGUUCUGCUCGUUGCACGCGCUCCAUUUCCCGCCUUCCCUUUCUUGUCUCCGCCCUCGUCUGACAACCUCGAAGUUAAGCAGUUCUUCGUUCACAGCUUGGACCGCUGCAUGCAGGCGCACACCGCUACCUUCGAUGAGUUUACCUGUUCACAUCGGCACUACGUAAAUCGCAUACGCAGAGACAUUUUAGGACGUGGGGUCCUGAAGGUGACUCUACACGAAGCUCUACACGUAGAUGAGAUCUUGUCUCUCCCUCGUCCGAUGUUUCUGACGUCCUUUUCCUCUCCCUUCUUCUCCGGCGUUCUUCUCUGCUCCCUUCAUCUCCCGCUGUUGGGCGCCAGCCUUCCGCUCUGCCCGGUUUGCGCGCCUCCUCGUUCUUCCUCUCAGUUGCUCUCGUUCUGCUCCUCUCGUCUUCUGCGCGCCUCCUCUUCUCCUGGCUGUGUCGGCGGGCGGCCCGGUCGCCGCUCUGCUCCUGUUGCCAAGACGAAGCCUGUCUUCGAGUUUCCGCCUCUAACGUCUGCAAGUGUUCCGUCUCUUCCCUUUUCCUCUCCUUCAGCGUCUUCCGGAAAGCCGAUCCCUCGAACAGUUUCCUCCCGCUCUUCUCCUUUCUGUCCUGCGCCUCUGUGCCGCUUCUUCUCUUCUCUCCCGUUUGCCCAUCCUUCAUCUGCAUGCGUCGCGCCUUCUGUCCGUUCUGGCUCCUCUCUUCGUCCGGCGACUUUUCUGUUGUGGUCCUUUUGUUUCUCCUCUCGACUUGCGGUACGUUCACGAAAGUGCACUGUCCACUGUCAACUGCCGCUCUCCCUCGUUCCCACUGUGUCUCUCCCCGGCCUUUCCCUCGUACAGUCUUCCCGUCGUCCUCUCUGUCCUUUCUCUGUGUCUCCUUCCGCUGCAUCCUUCUGUCUCCGUGAAUACUCUUCUCUUUCGCAGCGCUUGUUCACAAGCGACUCUCCGAAGACUUUCUUCCACCAGCUCCCUCGCUCUUCCUCCAACGGUUCUCUGAUUUACUCCUCUCUGCCAUCGUCUGCUUCAGCUCUUCUCUCUUCUUCGCCUUCUCCUUCUUCUUCUCCUUCUUCUGCUUCGUCCCCUUCGUCUUCUGCAGUCUCUGGCGUUCGUGGCGGCACACAAGCGACACUUGCGUCCUGUCCUUCGUCGUUCCGCAAGAGCGAGAACAUGGAGAGACGCAGUAAACUCGGUGACCUUUUGGUAACGCGUGCGGCUGAUGGGAAGCUGCUCUUGACAUUUUUUUGGCUCGGCCAGCGCGUCAAUCUUGAGCGAUCGGAAGAAGAGCCUCUCGAUCGCCUGCUCCAGCGCCUCCGACUCUCCUGCAGAAAGGUGACGCAGAAGAGACUCGCAGAGGAGACACGGAAGGGGAAGGCCGCGCGGAAGCAGAGAAAGAAGGCCGAGGAGUCUUCGCCUGGAGCGCAUGCAGCCACAGAACCAGUGCACAACGAGGAGAAGAAGGCUGCUGCGAUUGAAGACUUGCCUUUCAUCUUCCUCCGAAGGAAAGACGGGACUGUCGCUCCCGGAGACGAGGCCUGUGGCGUGUCUUUCCAGAGGGCGUCUUUGAUAUGUUUUUCUCCUUUCGCACCGCAAGGCGACGCAGAGCGAACUGGCAAAAGUGAGCUCUCGCCUCGCGACGAAAGCGCAGACUCCGAAAACGUUCUGGAAGUCGUCUGGGACCCGCCCGUCGCCCGGUGUAUCUACGUCCCGCAAGCCGUCUAUACAGGGUGUCCGGUGCUUGCAUGCGUCGUCACGGAGCACGCAAACGAAGAUGACCUUGUCAUUGAAUGGCGCUACGAAGACAGCGGCGUGGAUGGCCCGGUGAUCCAUCGAGGGCGGCACUACACACCCAAGCCUGCAGACGAAGGCAGAGUGCUGAUCCUCAAAGCCUACCAUCCCCUCUACAGCGUCUUCAGCGUCACAAAUUCUCUCCCACCUGUUCUUCCUUGCCCCUCUAUCGACUGGCAUUUCGAACGCAACAACGCUUUCUCUCCUUCCUCUCCUUCUUCUUUACCUUCGUUGUCUCCUGCUGCCUCUUCUUCUGUGCCUUCGCAUCCAUCGGUGCGUGCGAAGAGUUCAAAGAGUCUUCGAGUCUGUAGCUUCAAUAUUUUAGCAGGCGCCUAUGCGCGUACCCCGCAUGCAGUGCAGGCUAUGUAUCCUUACUGUAGUGGACACCACCUGGAUCUGCACCAUCGGAAGGCUCUUCUGGGCAAAGAGCUUCAUGCGUUGGACGGAGACAUCGUGGCUCUGCAGGAGUGCUCGUCGUCGCUGUUCUUCUCCUUUCUCGCGCCGUUGUUCAAGGAGGAGUACCACGCGUUUCUGCAGUGCAAAUUCAAGGCUCGGGUGCAGGAGGGGUGCGCGUUGCUCAUUCGGAAAAAGUAUUUUUCUGUUCUCAGAGAGGGCAGCGUCAUCUUCCAGAAGGAACUCUUGACCAAUCCGCAGUACGACGAACUCCUGGCCGAGCUCCGGCGAAAGUGGCCGCAUUUCGAGACUGACGUUCUUCCCCACUUGACAACGGUAAUGCAGUUUGCCAUCUUGAGGCGAAGAGACACACGCGAGGCACACGACGAGAAAGAUCUGCCCAAGACGCUCGUGGUUGCAAACACUCACCUCUUCUUCCAUCCCUACGCUCGACACAUUCGCGUCCUCCAGAUCUACGUCAUGACGAACUUCCUACAGACGCUCCGAGAAGAGUUUGCAGAAAGUGAAGACUCUUCGACUGCGCCUGCUGAGCCUGCUUCUUUCUCUGCAUCGCGUCGCUUGCCGCCAGUAAUCAUGUGUGGAGAUUUCAACUGUCAACCGGGCUCGGGGGGGCUGAAGCUGCUAAAAAAGAAAGCAGUGCAUGCAUACCUAGACGACUGGCAUGACGGUCUAGCGUUUCGCUGGGAGAAGGACGAAGAUGCAGCGGCGGAAGACGAGGAGGAAAAGAAUGGAGACGAAGAGGCAAAAUCGGGCAUUGAAAUGAAGAAGGAAGAUGCUCCGGGCACAAUUGUCUCACCGUCUUUGCCUGAGACAUCUCCGGCUUCCUCGGACUCAGCUGUCGCUUUUGCCGCUGCUUCAGAAUCAAGGAAUGCAGAGCAUGAGGGAAAAGGACCACACGAGAUGGAGAGUGGAAUCGAUCACAGAGAAGCUGGGGGGGAACAAGGAACCGGAGAGGAGCCUGGUGUCGCUCUCCGUCUUCCUGGAGACUUGGAUCUCGUCGACUGCUACGAAGACUCUCCUCUCGCCUUCUCCAAUUUCGUUUCCGGAUUCCAAGCUACCCUGGACUACAUCUACGCCUCCUCCGAUUUCAAGGUUGUAGCUCGUCUGCCCGGCGUCAGCGAAGAGGCGGUGCGUGCACAUGGAGGUUUGCCUUGCCACGGCUAUCCUUCCGAUCAUCUCGCGAUCGCUGUCGACCUUCAACUCAAGUCUACAGAAUCCCCUGAGAACAGCUACACAAAAUAGGCUUUUUUUGCGUGGUAGUCCAUCUUCACCGUCAAAGAACUAGUCUGGGCUAUGCUCCUUUUCUCUUGACUGGACGUAUCGUGUGAAGGUCUCAUUCUUUUCUGUCGGUUUUGACGAUAAUCCAGUAGUAACAUGAUGUAUCGUGUGCGUGCUUGUGUGAUGGAAUGAACUUUAAGGCUCCGAUUGUCGGUGUUUCCUCUGUCUGCCAUGGCAUGCUGCGUGUGACCUCUUGUUUUUCUUGUCUGUGCGGCUGUUGCACUUUCUGGGAGGGGGUGGGAAGAGACUAUGCAUCCCUUUCAGUCUAUGAGUCUUUACACGCCACAAAAAAAUUCUAGACUUUUAUUUUACACCAGUUUAGCACGAUGGUCAUGACACGGUGAGUCCGAGUCGUAGCCUUUGGAUAAAGUAGCAAGAAAAGCAUGUCCCUUGUUUAACAAGGUUACAAGAAAUGGUUCGCCUGUCUCGGAAUCAGUUUUCGAGAAUCUUGGUCGAGCGAAUGGUUGUCACUUUUGUUGAAAGCUUUUCUGCUCGGAAAAACCCAUGUUUGUCUCUUCAGACCCUCAAAGAGACUUUGUUUGUUUA